AAAAAAAAAAGUAUAAGCAUUCGAAAUUGAAUUAGUGUGCCUUUGCUUUCGUAUUAAAUUUUGCGCGUAAUUGUUUUUGGUGCGAUUGUUGUAAAUGGCGGGAAAGGGUGAAGGACCGGCGAUCGGGAUCGAUUUGGGAACAACAUAUUCAUGCGUGGGUGUUUGGCAGCACGACCGCGUUGAGAUUAUAGCCAAUGAUCAGGGCAACCGUACGACGCCGUCUUACGUGGCUUUCACCGACACCGAGCGCCUCAUCGGCGACGCCGCUAAGAACCAGGUCGCAAUGAACCCCACCAACACUGUCUUUGAUGCGAAGAGGUUAAUUGGUAGAAGAUUCUCCGAUCCAUCCGUCCAGAGUGACAUGAAACAUUGGCCGUUCAAGGUGAUUCCCGGCCCUGCCGAGAAGCCAAUGAUUGUAGUUUCACACAAAGGCGAAGAUAAGCAAUUCUCCGCCGAAGAGAUCUCUUCAAUGGUACUCAUCAAGAUGAAAGAGAUAGCAGAAGCGUACCUCGGUUCCACAAUCAAGAACGCCGUUGUUACUGUACCGGCGUACUUCAACGACUCGCAGCGUCAGGCCACAAAGGAUGCCGGAGUUAUUGCCGGUCUCAACGUUAUGCGUAUCAUUAACGAACCAACUGCGGCUGCAAUUGCUUACGGUCUCGAUAAAAAGGCUACAAGUUCUGGUGAGAAGAACGUGCUUAUAUUCGAUCUUGGUGGCGGCACUUUUGAUGUAUCGCUUUUGACUAUCGAAGAGGGAAUCUUCGAAGUCAAAGCCACAGCCGGUGAUACUCAUCUCGGAGGAGAGGAUUUUGACAAUAGGAUGGUGAACCACUUUGUUCAAGAGUUCAAGAGGAAGCACAAGAAGGAUAUUAGCGGUAACCCUAGAGCUUUGAGGAGAUUGAGGACCGCUUGCGAACGGGCGAAGAGGACUCUCUCUUCGACGGCACAAACCACCAUCGAGAUUGAUUCUUUGUAUGAGGGUGUCGAUUUCUACACCACAAUCACGCGUGCGAGAUUCGAGGAGCUCAACAUGGACUUGUUCAAAAAGUGCAUGGAGCCCGUCGAGAAGUGCUUACGCGACGCAAAGAUCGACAAAAGCAGCGUCCACGAAAUCGUCCUUGUUGGUGGCUCCACAAGGAUCCCGAAGGUUCAACAGCUACUGCAGGAUUUCUUCAAUGGUAAGGAGCUGUGCAAGAGCAUAAACCCCGACGAAGCUGUUGCGUACGGAGCCGCAGUGCAAGCGGCAAUCUUGAGUGGCGAAGGCAACGAGAAGGUGCAGGAUCUUCUUCUCUUGGAUGUUACGCCUCUGUCCCUCGGGUUGGAGACAGCCGGAGGUGUAAUGACCGUCUUAAUCCCAAGAAACACGACUAUUCCUACAAAGAAGGAACAAGUGUUCUCCACGUAUUCAGACAAUCAGCCGGGUGUUUUGAUUCAGGUUUACGAGGGUGAACGAAGCAGGACAAAGGAUAACAAUUUGCUCGGAAAAUUCGAGCUUAGCGGGAUUCCGCCGGCACCGAGGGGUGUUCCUCAAAUCACCGUCUGCUUCGACAUUGAUGCUAACGGAAUCUUGAACGUGUCGGCUGAAGACAAGACGACCGGUCAGAAGAACAAGAUUACGAUAACGAACGAUAAGGGGAGGUUAUCGAAGGAAGAUAUUGAGAAGAUGGUGCAAGAAGCUGAGAGGUAUAAAUCUGAGGAUGAAGAACACAAGAAGAAAGUCGAGUCGAAGAAUGCGUUGGAGAAUUAUGCGUACAAUAUGAGGAACACGAUUAGGGAUGAGAAGAUUGCUUCGAAGCUGGCGGCGGAUGAGAAGAAGAGGAUAGAGGAUGCAAUUGAGUCGGCUAUUCAGUGGUUGGAUGGGAAUCAGCUUGCGGAGGCUGACGAAUUUGACGACAAGAUGAAAGAGCUUGAGGGGAUUUGUAACCCGAUUAUCGCAAAGAUGUAUCAGGCUGGUGGUGCUGGCGGCGGUAUGGCUGGUGGCAUGGAUGAGGAUGGUCCUUCUGUAGGUGGCGGUGGCGGUGGUGGUGCUGGCCCCAAGAUUGAGGAAGUUGAUUAGAUAUCAAAAUUUUAGUUAUUGGGAAGAUUUUGUUUGAACAUUAGUUUGGUGAAGUAUUAUUAGAUUUGCAAGUUUGUUUUGGUUUUCUUUCUCAGUUGUCUUGUGCAUCUAUAAAAUUUAGGCCCCGUUUGGUUGCCAAGAUAAGCCAUGAUUAACUAAA